AUAUCGUGAAAAAAUCACAGCACACAUCGGAUACGAUCCGUAUCAGCUGAAAAAAAAACGACUUUUCUCGUGAUUUAUCCGAUUUUCCCGCUGUCCAGGCGAUGGAUAUCACCAGCUACCUCGUCCUUCAUACCUCCUACUACACGGCUAGCCAGAUGAAAGCGUAUAAAAGCCUGGAAGCUUUCAACUACUUCGUGUGUGGAUGGGUGAAUGACCUCGGCACCAAAGAGGCAUUAAACAAAUGUCGCCUUGUUUUUGCCCGGGUCAACCAUUCCCAGAGGUCUGGAGAAACACCAUUAAAAACGUGGAUUGUAGCUAAAGAAGAUGGAGAGGUUGUUACAGCACACUGUAAUUGUAUGGCUGGUUUGUCAGAAUCCUGCUCACAUGUUGGAGCAGUUCUGUUUGCAAUCGAAGCAGGUGUGAAGAUGAGAGAGACUGCAUCCUGCACCACUGAGAAGUGCAAGUGGCUAAUGCCAUCACAUGUCAAAAAGGUAUUCAGACCCCAGUGGUCAGUCAGCUGUUCAUGCCGUCCUUGCCUGUCUCAUUGUUACACUGCACCUACAUGUAUGUUCACAUACAUGUUGGUCUGUCUCUCACAUGUGCAGAUUCCUGCUGCUCCAGUUGCGAUGAUAGACUUUUCAUCCGCAAAAUCCAAAAAGCAAAAACUGGAUGAUGCCAUUGCUGGAAGGACAGGUGAGAAGCACACAUUUCAGCGUCCCACAGUCCAGGGUUCAAAAUUGGAGCGAGGAUCAGAGAGGUAUAUGCAGUUUUUCAAGACUUUGAGCAGAAAUUCCCCAAGAAGUGCUGCACUGAUGUCCAGGGAACCAUAUUACAGAGAAUGUGUCCCUAAAUCUGUGAGCAAGCUACCUAAACCACUACCUCAGUAUAGGACACCAGAGAUGCUACAGCUAUCCCCAACAGAGUUGCAGAAUGCAUGCCAGGACUUCAGACAGGAAGAGCUGACACAGCCACAGGUCCAGGCAGUAGAGGAGGAGACCAGAAACCAGAGCUUAUCAGCAAUAUGGUUUAGCCAAAGAGCAGGAAGGAUCACAGCCUCAAGACUGAAGCAGGUUCUACAGACUAGUCUUGCACAGCCAUCAAAGUCCUUGAUCAAGUCCAUAUGCUACCCAGAGGCACACAAGUUCUCUACAGCUGCAACAAGGUAUUUAUUAGGGAUUAGGGAGCCAAUCAGAAAAGCAAACUGUAUACAGUUUUUCGCAGACGCGGAGGGAUACCGACUUGUUGUGAAAAGUAACGUACAAUUCUACCCGUGGUAUACGCUGAUUAUAUCACGUAUAUCAGUAAGUUACAGUACAAGUAACUUAUAACUAAAUUCAUUAUCAUUACAAAACAUGAUUCACAAAAUAUUCAAUGCAUAAAAAUACAGAAUGUGUGUGUGUGUGUGUGUGUGUGUGUGUGUGUGUGUGUGUGUGUGUGUGUGUGUGUGUGUGUGU